UGGAGGGUUCUAUUGCACGACCCGCUGUGAAAAACGAGCGCGCGCGCAUCCAUCCGUUUCUGCGAGUUUUCCGCACGAAAAAUCCUUGAGGAACGUGUAAUGUGUCCGUGAUCGGGAGAAUUUGGAAAAGGAGACAAUGUUCUGUGCAUUUGGAAGCCUUUGGGGAUUCCUAUUUUUAACAGGAUGUCUGGCGCUGAAAGACCUCAAAAUCUACGUCCCUAUGGCAGUUAUCAGAGGCCACGACGCCAUUUUGAAUUGCACGUACGACCUGGAGGGAGACGAUCUGUACUCUGUGAAAUGGUACAGACACGGCAGGGAAUUCUUCAGGUAUACACCAAACGACGAAAAACCCAUAAAACAGUUCAAGAUCCAAGGUUUGAGCUUAGAGGUUAGAGAGAAUGAGUCUACGGCUACUAGGAUAGUUUUGGUGAACGCUGAUCAGGACAUAACUGGGAUGUACAGUUGUGAGGUUACAGCAGAUCAGCCAUCUUUCUUCACUGACAUGAAGAAGUCACACUUGGAGGUUGUGGAACUGCCAAGAUCGGACCCACACAUCAGCGGCUUCAAAACCAAAUAUCGUGUUGGUGAAAUACUAAGGGCAAACUGUACCUCUGGUUCUUCUUACCCGGCUGUCAAUUUGACAUGGUAUGUCAACGAUCAGUCUGUGGAUUCUACGAAAGUGAAGAAACAUACGAGGAUACACGCGGAUGGCCAUUUUCAAAGCGCCGACUCGAUCCUACGGCUGCCGAUCGUGAAACAGUUGUUUUCUCGGGGACGCCUGAAAAUUAGAUGCGUCGCCUCCCUUCACGACGUCUAUUACAGAAGUUCCGAGAAGAGCGCCGAACUGGAAAAGAAGAAGCACAGGGGGCAUUACGCGCACGUGAUUACGUUGCCGCAGUGGACUUCAACGUCGAUGACGCCGAUGGUCCAGUGGGGCAUCAUGCCGCAGGCAUCGGAGAGGCAUCCGGCAGAUACUACUCUGAUUUUCGAGACAAGGCAAAGACCUACCAAUGGCAGCACCAAACAGGCGAGCAGAGAAACGCUAAUUCUGUUCAUCAUCAUUACAUCGGUGUUACUGCUUAGGUGAUUUCCAUAAAAUUUCAAUUGACCUCUCGGGGGUUCUUCCACGAAUUUGAUGUGAUAUUUAGCAUGAAAUAUGUUCGAUAAUACUUAUUUAUUUGAGGUACAUUCAGAUCCAAAUGUAUAUAAGAAAAUUAUGAAUUUAGAAUAUAGCUUCGAUUUUUUAUGUAUCAAAUGAUAAAAGGGGGAUGAAGUCGGGCAAAGGGAAAACCACAAAUUAAUAUAUGGAAAUAUAUUCAAGAGCUAUAAUUUUAUGACUAUCGCAAUAUUUAUAUGGGAAAGCUGGGAAGCUUCUAUUGAAUGUUCACAAUAACUAAUGCGUGAUUUCAACUGUAUUUAAUUCCUGUCUAUUUGUUUAUUCUAUAUUAUAGAAAUUUUAUUUUCUCGUUGAGUUUAUGUUGUUGAUACAAUAUUUUAUUAGGAUAUUAACGCAUGUAUAGUCAAUUUUCUACAUGUAUAUUUAUGGAAAUACAAUCAUUCAUUGUUGAUAUCCCAAUAAGAUAUAUCGAUAAUUCCAAAUAAGUUGUAGAGAUAUUUUUUUCAUAUAAGUAGGUGCCAAAUAAAUGAAAUCGUCUAUGUUUAUUCCACUUUCACAGUAGGAGAAUUUUUGUUUUAUGUUUGAGUUUUUCCUUCAUUCCUGAAUCGUUUUAUUUCCAUAAAAUUUUCUACUUUUUUGUUGAUGAGCUGUUUUAGUGAAAUUGUUAUCUACUGAAUAUGUCUGUGAAUGAUUAAAGAUAUUUUACAGUA